CUCAACCACAGUUUACUUUCACUUUCACAGCCUUAGGAAAUAAAAUAACAGAAGUAGGUUAGGCUAUGAACCACACAUUGCUUUGGCAUAUAUCAUUUGAAUUUACUUUUAUUUAUUAUCUGAACAAACAAACGAAUUAGCAAAUAUGCCCAAACUAACGCUCAUCGGAUUGUACCUUUGGAUUUGUCUGGCGCAAAAGGUGGUUUCCGGAGAGGAUCUUUAUUAUAAAGUGGGAGGUGAGCUCCUGUUGACGCCGGACAAGUCCACAGUGCCUGACUCCAUCACAGGCAUCCUAUGGAAGCAUGGGAAGAACAAGGUGGCAGAGUGGUACAAGGACUUUGAUCUGGACAUCUAUGCUGCCUUCAAAGAGCGCACAACCCUGGACCAGACUACUGGAGAGCUGAGAAUCAGUGGAUUGAUGAAAACAGACAGUGGAGUUUAUUCUGUGGAGUUCAACAGCAAACUGCUUGACAAGACAUAUACACUGUCUGUUAUCAAGGCAGUCCCAAAACCCACAAUCACUUCUUCCUGUAACGCCAACAAAACCAUCUGCACUCUGACCUGUGAGGGGGACACCACUGAUGCUGAACCUGUCACCUACAGCUGGAAAGUGGGAGAGGGGGUGUGGGAGGUCUUAGACAAACAGCAUAGUGUCUCUAAGAACAACACUGACAAAUCAAACAAUGGUUACAAGUACACCUGCAAGCUGAAGAACACUGUUAGUGAGGAAGUCAGCAAGCCAAUUAAUAGAGGUGUUUGGUCCAGAGCCUUCCAUCAGAGAUUUUGUUGUUGUCACUGCCAUUGUAGCAUUUGUUUUCAUUGUCAUAACAGGAAUGUUGGUGUGGAAGAAAAGGACUGGAUACACUUGGAUCGACAUUUUGAGCAAGCUUUUUUGUGGAAUGUGUGGGACGGCUGGCAACAAUGCCAACAGUGUGAAGCCGGUGACAAAACAUGAAGUGGGCGAGUCUAAAACGGAUGGCAGCGCUGCACCAGUGGGCGCGGAUGUGUCUAAAACAGAUGGCAGUGCUGCACCAGUGGGCACGGAUGUGUCUAAAACGGAUGACAGCGCCGCACCAGGGGGCGACCUAAACGCAGCUGAAGGAGAGGCAAAUGGAGAGGGGUUCGUGCUGCUGAACGAAGACAGGGUGAAGUACGACAAUGGCAAUGGAGAGGGUGCAGCAGAAGAGAAUUCAGCAUUGUAGGACG